ACCAGAAUGCUGAAAUACACGCCGGCUUGCUUCUCCUGCACAUCCGCCACAGCGCCGGCCCCUCCCACAACAACAACCUCUGUUUACUCCACACACAUCGGCAAGAUCUCCCUCACCUGGAACCGCGGCCUCCUCGGACUCUCUUUAAUAGCCAAUCUCCAGCUCUUCCCUUCGUCGGCGGCAGAGAACCAGACUGAAUCGGCCGGCGAUCAUCUCCGAUUCCGUAUCUUCCUUCUUCUCCCUUUUAAACGGAAGGGAUCGAAGUGGCUCCGGUUGAACACCGACGGCGGACGACGGUUUUCGGUGGAGCUUGUUUGGGAUCUCACUGGCGCGACCUUUCACCGUGUAUGCGGACCAGAGCCGGUGGAAGGGUUCUUCUUCGUCAUUGCUGUGGAUGGAGAGAUGGCAUUGGUUGUCGGAGAUCGCCGCAAUGAGGCGUUCUGGAGGAUCAAAGCCGUGCGACCGAGGAACGAGGAAAUCAGAACUGAGCAGACGUCGAAGAAGGUGGAAGUGAAAUUGGGAGAAAUUGGAAGAAGCAUAUCAUGGAUGGCGAUUGCGCGAUUUUCUGGCAGGGAGAGGGAAGUAUUAAUGUCGAUUGAUUUGGAGAAGAAGCGGAUGAGAUUGACGAUAAAUGGCGAGAGGGUUUUGCAUGUGAGCCGGCUCAGGUGGAAUUUUAGGGGAAGUGAGAGAGUGGCGGCGGAGGGUGGUGAUCGGAUUCAGGUGACUUGGGAUCUUUUUAGAUUUCUUUUCAGGGAGGAAUCCGGCGGAAAGCAGUCGCCAUCGUCGGCACCGGCGAUUGAUGGCGAUGCGGUGAUCGUGUUGAGGUUUGAGAAUGUGGAGGAGGGGUAUUUUGGGAAGAGGACGGGGUGGGGGUAUUUUGGGAAGAGUGCGAAUUGGAGUGAGGGUAGUGGUCGGUCCUGGACGAUGGCGGAUUCGUCGAAGACUGUGGAGGAUUGGGAGAGCAUGGAAGAUGUCAAGCUGAGGAACUCAGAUGCCAACGGGUUCACUCUAGUUAUGUGUGCCAAGAGAAGUUUAAAUUAAAAAGGAUGUAUUUGUUCUUUAG